AAUUAAUACGAUCCUUUGCUUUAUAACACUACAAAGAUACUUUGCUCUUUUUGAAAUCUUUGAUGUUGUACGUAGCCCUCUAACAGCAAACAUAAAAUCAUGUGCCUUUGGCACGUGCUCGGUACACGUCACACGUGUUAGGAAGUAUUUCAUAAUCUACCGUUGAGGGAAGCGCAACAGUGUCGUAUUAGAAGAAUGUUGUGAAAGUUCUGUACGAAAUCCUAUUCGAUUGACCAAUACUUUUCGUGAUUAUUUCACGGUUUUUGGUUACGUUUAUCUAGCGUUUAUGGUAUUUUGACACACUUCUCCUUUUGACAGUGGAAUGGCGUUAGUAAACAAAUUUCAAAAGUUAUCGAGAUCGAUUCUCAGCAUUGCUUCGAAUUAUUCAAAAUAUAAGAGCGAUACCGCAUUGCCUCCUUUCCUGACAACAACAAGAACCUCGACUACGCAACCACUCUCAGAAAAGCAGGAAGUGAACAUAACAUUUGUUAAAGCAAGCGGAGAGAGAAUUAAAGCGAAAGGAAAAGUUGGAGAUUCUAUUUUAGACAUUGUAGUAAAUAACGAGAUAGAUUUAGAUGGGUUUGGUGCAUGUGAAGGUACAUUGACCUGUAGUACCUGUCAUUUAAUACUUUCGAAAGAAGUAUACGAUAAGCUGCCUGACAAACCAACAGAUGAAGAGUUAGAUAUGCUGGACCUAGCAUAUGAAUUAACAGACACAUCGCGUUUAGGAUGCCAGAUAAUAAUGACUAAAGAACUAGAUGGAAUUGAAGUAAGAGUGCCAUCGACACUUAACGACGCGAGAGCGUAGCAAGACUGUCUCAACUCUCUAAAAACGUAUACAAUGAUUCUGAUGAUAGUCACUGAAAUUUUAGGAUUAAAAAUAAAAUAAACAAAUUUAUUUUGUAACAUAAGGCUGAUGUACGCACUUUAGUAUAUCUGCAAUAUUUUGUAUAUAAUAGUAACAAACUUGCAAAGUUAUUAGUUAGAGAUUACUUGUAUAUUGCCAUUGUAUAAAACUAGCAUAAAUACAAAGAGACUAGAAUCUUUGUUUUAAUAUAGAUAUUAUUAUCUUAGAAAUUAAAAUCAAAAUGUAAGUAAUACGUUUGUCGUACACAUAACAUGUGUAUCUUAUUUAUUAUAUGUUCUUUAAGAUACUUAUGCGAUAAAAUUUUUAUAUAGUUAUUUACAUUUUAAAUUUUCAACGUUGUAAAUAAAGUUACUCUUAAAACAAG